AUGGAGGAAACAAUUGCCGAAUUACGACGUCAGGUUGAAGAACAACAAAGGCUCCGAGAAGCGGCUGAGCGCCGUGAAGAGGAAGAGAGACAGGCGCGAGAAGCGGCAGAAUGGCGAGUGCAAUCCAACUCACUAUUUCGCCUCCUCGAUCGCUGCCACGAUUCUCUGUCUCAAGCGAUCCAAGUUGAGGCAGAUGCGACCCUCACGACGCAGGGCGACGCGGCCGACCCAGAACAAGUCUGGGAGAAACUCGACCGCACCGCUGCCUUUACCUCGCGCCCGCUAUUCCCUUCUGAUGCCAAAAUCGACUAUGUCGUUACGAAUAUCCAGAACAAGCCGAUCUAUUCGGAAGCGUCUCUUCGGAAUUUUGAGCGAGACACGGUGGAUAACUCUGUCGGAAAAGUCAUUCAGGCUCUGCGAGACGACGAACCCCUUCGACAGGAGUUUCGAAUCCAAGGCCGAGUCACCUUCUAUGAUCGCGCGAACCCAUCGGAAACUUCGUUGGAGAACAGCUUGGAGCGAAUGAAUCUUCACGAUGUGCGUACACCCCGGCGGCCGGCGGACACUAGGCAUGGAAGGGGGAGAGGAGCGGCGCAGAGACAGAAGAGGAAUGGGACUGCACGAAGACGCAAUCGGCGCGCCGACCAGUUCUGCGUGCACCUUGUGGCUGAUGAACAACACAUACCAGUUUAUGCAGUGGAGUUCGAAGCGCCACACAAAGUGACAAUUCCCGAACUGGUAACGGGUCUUCACCAGACUGAUCUGGCUCGCGAUGUCAUUGACCAAGAAGGUGACAUAUUUGAAUUUUAUGCCACCCGCCUCAUCGCCACCGUGGUCACUCAGAUAUUCUCGUACAUGAUCGACAGUGGAGUUCGAUACGGCUACAUCUGCACUGGAGAGGCUUUCGUUUUCCUCCAUAUUCCAAAGGAUGAUCCUACCGUUGUUCAAUAUUUCUUGUGUAUCCCGAAUCAAGAUGUGCAAGCGGACGAUGAAUUGCGCCUCCACCGGACAGCCAUCGGUCAGGUGCUUGCGUUCACCUUUCAAGCACUGGCCGUCGAACCUCCGACUCAAGAAUGGCACGAUGCGGCACACGAUAAGCUAGCGACCUGGAAGGUCGAAUAUCUCGACGUGUUGAGGGAAAUUCCCGAAACUCUCCAUAAAGACCCGCCGGCCUCUAAUUAUCGGCCCUCGCACUGGAAACGAGAGCGGAAAUGA